AUGGCUGGCGGCAGUCCUGCCGGACAGCUCUUAGGCGUGGAACGGCGAACCAUCCGCUGCUGGGAGUAUGGCAGCGUUUUCAUCCCCGAUGAGGAUGGCUGCGAUGAGGACCCGAAGACAGGCAUUCUCGCCCCUUUGGGCAGCGUGCAGGUGGUUCUUGCUUGGUUCGGCGAUGCGAGCGAUGAAAGCCUGCGCAAUGACAUCACCGACGAGGUUCAGCGCAUGCUCUCUUCAUCACAGCGUUCGGCAGUACCGGCAAUGGCCAGGCUCUGGGGUGACCCGGCAAAAUUCCGGCUGAAGCAGCUGGAGGUGACCUACGAGCAAGACUGGCUUGGUCAUGAAAGGCGUGAAGCUCUGCUGGCCUUGAAAGCUCGCGCCAACGAAAAGGCGCAAGAGGCGUCAGAGCUCGAGAGCCUACUGCAGCGCCUCAGUGUAGCACUGGUGGCAUCUGCGCAAUCACGUCCUUGUCCUGUGGAGUCCAUUGCUGGAUUCGGCUCCACAUCCCCGAGGUGGAGACAGCUUGGCUUUCAGUCUUGUGAUCCUCGCACAGAUCUUCGCACGGGAAUAUUGGCGUUGGACUGCCUCGUCCAUAUGGCAGAGAGGUAUCCCUUGGCCACGAGCCAAAUGGUCCGUGAGGCCCAAAGUGAUGGGAUCGACUAUCCGUUUGCCGUUGCGAGCAUCAACAUCACCCAACACUUGGCUAGGUAUUUGCAGCUCGUCAAGGACGGUUUGGGCUGCCCGGGGAUGGACGUGGCAUCAAACCGAGUGGUUCACAGAUUUUCAAGGCUGCUGCUGAGCUCCAGGCAGCGGCUCGACAACCAGUCAAAGUGCAAAGAGCCUUCCAUUGAGCCCUUUUGUGAGCUGCAUGCUGCUGUGAUGUCACGCCUGCACUCGAACUGGCGAGGUCGCAAGCAGGAAGAUCCAAACAUCACAGUUAUGCAGUUCGGCCCCAUCAUGGAGGAGACGUUGGCAGCUGCUUGUGCGUUCUGCAAGCAAACUCCCAUGGAGACUGCGUCAGAGUUCAGGGCCUUGGCAAGCGUCGCACAGGAGGCCCCGAGAGUCCCAAGAUCAGCCGCGGUUGGCGAGGAAGAAUCGGAGGACUUCUCCAAUUUGGCAGAUUCUGUACAGCAGACCGUUCAGAAGUUUUCUGAGACUGCGAGCAUCUUUGGGACGUACCUGCAUGGAGUCAUCUCUGAGAGAUUGACUGAGCAGAGUAGGAGAUGA